GGUUUUGAAAUGGGGGAGGGAGCGGACAGAUUUUGUUAUGUUUAUAGCUGCGAUUUAGACGUGAAUGUUGAAAUUAAAAUUGGUACAUUAGAGGGACUUCGUGAACGACCAAGUUACAAAGAACUUCUUGAGGAUCCAAUACUCAAGUUCUCCGGUGCUUACCAAGAUGGCUGCUCAGAUCUCUACGUGACCUGCCAGGUGUUCUCGGAUGCAAGACCUCUUGCUCUGCCUGUGUCGACAGCUUACAAGGCUUUCACUACACGAUGGAAUUGGAAUGAGUGGUUACGUCUUCCAGUCAAAUACAGUGAUCUGCCAAGAAAUGCCCUUCUUGCACUCACCAUAUGGGACAUAUAUGGCACAAACAAAUCUUUACCUGUUGGUGGGACCACCUUGUCCUUAUUUGGCAAGAAAGGAACAUUUCGGCAGGGCAUGCAUGAUCUCAAAGUGUGGCCAAAGGUCGCGGCUGAUCCAAGUCCUCAGAGCUCGACGCCGGGCAAAACUCGGGACUCUAAUGACCAGAUGACACGCUUAGCUAAACUGAGUAAGAAACAUCGAGAUGGCCACAUGGUGAAGAUAGACUGGUUGGACCGGCUCACGUUCCGAGAGAUAGAGAUGGUGAACGAACGACAGAAACGAGACUCAAACUUCAUGUAUUUGAUGGUUGAGUUUCCUUACAUACACCAUGAAAAUAUGCAAUACUCCGUGGUCUACUUUGAAAAGGAUGCUGACCGGCCAUUUGAGUUCCAGACCCACGCAGAGAUAGUCACUGUACCUGACCCGGAAAUACUCCUGGAAAACCUGGUUGAAAGGAAGCACCACAAGUUGGCGAGAAGUCUGAGAAGUGGACCUACGGACAGAGACAUGAAACCAGAUGCGAAGAUCAGAGAUCUUCUUAAUAAUAUUGUUGGGUAUCCCUCCAUAAGACAGCUCACCUCUGAGGAACAAGAUCUGGUGUGGAAGUACAGGUUUUAUUUGUCAAACCAGAAAAAGGCUCUGACCAAGUUCCUCAAAUGUGUGAACUGGUCCAUGCCGCAGGAGUCGAAACAAGCCCUAGAGCUGUUAACCAAGUGGAGCGCCAUGGAUGUGGAAGAUGCCUUGGAACUACUUAGUCCGGCAUUCACUCAUCCUGCUGUGCGUAAAUACGCUGUGAUGCGACUGAGACAGGCUGAUGAUGAGGACUUGCUGUUGUAUUUGCUACAACUUGUUCAAGCUUUGAAGUAUGAGAACUUUAAAGAAAUCAAAGAAGGUUCAGACAUUUAUCCACCCCAGAGAGAGUCGGCACCAUCUCCUGAACUGUCUGAUAAAUCUGGGGAAAAACAGAGGUCACUGAGUGUAAUAUCUCGAUCGUCAUCUCAUGAUUCGAUUCUAGAAGCACUGGAAACAUCUCCAGCUAAAGAAGGCAGCCCAGAGAGCAAACUGGAAAAUGAGAUGGAUCUUGCCACGUUCCUAAUCUCCAAAGCAUGUGAUGAUUUCACAAUAGCCAACUACUUGUACUGGUACCUGACGGUCGAGUGUGAGGAGAAGGAGACUGCAGUGAAAGAUGGAGCCGUCAGUGAGAUGUACGUUACAGUCAUGAAGAGAUUCAGUCGAGCUCUCAGCAAGGGAGGACCAGAAUGUAGACAGCGUCGGUCGUGGUUGGCUGAACAGCAGGUACUGAUACAUGGUAUAGUGAACCUGGUGAAGCAAGUGGCUCGCGAAAGUGGAAACAGGUUAAAGAAAAUUGAAAGACUGCAAGGCUUGCUUCUGGACCAAGAAACGUUCAGGAAAAACUUUGCCGAUUUUGAACAGUUGCCGUUACCUCUGGAUCCCAGUGUGAUGGUGCGAGGCAUUAUUCCGGAAAAAGCAAUGCUUUUCAAGAGUGCCUUGAUGCCAAGCCGACUGACAUUCCGCACUGUGGCGGGAGAUGAGUAUGUGACAAUAUUUAAACACGGAGACGACCUGCGCCAGGAUCAGCUCAUUCUUCAGAUCAUCACACUCAUGGAUAAGCUGUUGAGCAGAGAAAAUCUUGAUCUAAAACUUACCCCCUAUAAGGUUUUAGCAACAAGUAGCAAGCAUGGUUUUGUUCAGUUUAUUGAUUCCAUCGGUGUGGCUGAUGUACUUAAUGAGUUUGGGAGUAUUCAGAAUUUCUUCAAGAAAUAUGCGCCGUGUGAGAACGGUCCAUACGGAAUACAGCCUGAAGUGAUGGACAACUACAUCAAGAGUUGUGCUGGUUACUGUGUGGUUACAUAUCUCCUUGGUGUUGGUGACAGACAUCUUGAUAACCUGCUUCUCACCAAGACAGGCAAACUCUUCCACAUAGACUUCGGUUACAUCCUUGGUCGUGAUCCAAAACCUCUGCCGCCUCCGAUGAAGCUUUGUAAAGAGAUGGUAGAUGCGAUGGGGGGCUCGGGUGCUGAGCACUUCCAUGACUUUAAAAAACACUGUUACACGGCAUUCCUUACUCUCAGAAGAUCAUCAAAUUUAUUCCUUAAUCUGUUUUCUCUGAUGGUUGAUGCCAACAUUCCAGACAUUGCUUUAGAGCCAGACAAAGCUGUGAAAAAGGUUCAGGAGAGGUUUGUAUUGCACUACACGGAUGAGGAGGCGGUACACUACAUGCAGAGUUUGAUUGACAUCAGCAUCCAGGCCAUGAUGGCGGCCAUUGUGGAGCAGCUGCACAAGGUGGCAAUGUACUGGAGGAAAUGAUUUGUGGGACCCGAAAAGCCUUCACUCCUCUGUGAUAAGCAUUGACACAUUUGAAACAUUGUUCUGCGAUACUAGAAUUAUGUUUUGAAAUAGAUUGUUAUCUUUCAUUGACACUGAGAAGAUCAACAAAUCUUUUGCUAGUCAACGCACAAUGGACUGAGAGUAUCACCAGGUGUUUUGAGAGUUGAAACACACCAGAUUACGUCUUCGUCAAAAUAUCCUUGGAUAACAAUAUCAACAGAUGACUGUCAAUAUAUACUGGACUAAGAAUAUCAACAGAUGAUCGUCAAUACAUACUGGACUAAGAAUAUCAACAGAUGAUCGUCAAUUCAUACUGGACUAAGAAUAUCAGCAGAUGUUUUCUUAGUCAAAAUAUCACUGGCUAAGAAUAUCAACAGAUGAUCGUCAGUACAUACUGGACUAAGAAUAUCAACAAAUGAUCGUCAAUACAUACUGGACUAAGAAUAUCAACAGAUGAUCGUCAAUACAUACUGGACUAAGAAUAUCAGCAGAUGAUCGUCAAUACAUACUGGACUAAGAAUAUCAGCAGAUGAUCGUCAAUACAUACUGGACUAAGAAUAUCAGCAGAUGUUUUCUUAGUCCACAUAUACUGAACUGAGAGUAUCGACAGAUGUUUUAUUUGUUGAUAUAUGUGUUAGGGGAUUAACAGAUGUUUUAUUUGUUGUUUUAUUUGUUGAUAUAUGUGUUAGGGGAUUAACAGAUGUUUUAUUAGGUGAUAUGUUUGUUUAAAAGACCUGGGGCCUAAUUCACUAAUCUCUCGCAACUUUGCAGUACUAAAAGGCUUACAAAGAGGCUCCUGGUCUCAUUUGACCUAGAGAAUGAACGAGGAAACUCGGUACCACCACGUAGGCUAAUCCUAGAGAGGAAACUCGGUACCACCACAUAGGCUAAUCCUACUGAAAAGAAUUGAGAUAUCUUUUAUAUACACUUCCCAUAAACAGGACAUCAGGUAUGAUACCACAACCUUUAGUAUACAUACCAGUCAUGGGACACUGGUUGGAUUGGAAUAAACUCCAUUGAGGGCAAUUGAUCCUACAUUAAUUGCAUCUUAGACGAGCAUGCCAGCCCCUAUCCAUUCAAAAGUUCAUUACUGAAAGCAAAUGUAUAAAUAUUGACAUAAUUAUGUACUGUGUGUGUGUGUGGGGCAUGAUUUAGCUCAGUCGGUUGAAUGCUAGCUUCAGGUGCCUGUGUCACAGGAUCAAACCACCUUGGUGGAUCCAUUCAAC